ACGUUACUUGUCAUUGUCUGAAGUGAGAUGGAUUAAAUUUUAAAAUAAAUACAGUUUUGUGUUCGUCUAAUCAGUGUUACCUUGUUUAUAUACAUUUACACUCGUACAAAUUAUUCAAGAAAUAUUUAGAGCACAUUUUAUUUGCAUAAAGUAAGAAUAACUGGUGAAAAUGGAAUCGGAUAUAAUUAAUUGGAGUAACAAAGAAGUUUUAGAAUUAUUACAUAAAGAAAAAAUAUCCAGUAUUAUAACAGAUAUUUGCAAAUCUCAAGAUAUCGACGGGCAGUGUCUUCUAUCCUUCGUUGACAGAGAUUUUUAUGAUUUUCCUUUCGAUCAAUUAAAAUUGGGUGAACGCAAGAGAUUCAUAUUGUUUGUAAAGAAAUUACAAAAACACAAUCGGACUGCGAUGUUCGAGCUCGGGCUUUGUGAUGAUGCUCUUAGCAAUCCAUCAACGAACAUAAAUUUUCUCGGAACUAAUUUGUCGCACUUGAGUUACAAUCUUCAUAACAAAAUACCAAAUGAUAUUUAUGUGAGGAAUUCAGAGUGUGUGUCAAGUUUUACACCAGACGUCAAAGCUUCCAGACUGAGACCUGAGAUUUGGAAGACUGCUAUAGCCCUAGGUUACGUCUUCCUGGUGACAUGGGUGACUGCUGUGGUGAUGGUGAUCGUCCACGAUAAGGUGCCAGACAUGAAGAAGUAUCCUCCACUGCCAGACCUGUUCUUAGACAAUGUGCCGCACAUCCCGUGGGCAUUUGACAUGUGCGAAAUCACCGGCUCCUUCCUAAUGGCCAUAUGGCUAGUUGUUCUAUUCUUCCAUAAACAUAGGUUCAUAAUCCUGCGAAGGUUCUUCGCGCUGGCCGGCACGGUGUUCCUGCUGCGGUGCUUCACGAUGCUGAUCACGUCGCUGUCUGUCCCCGGGUCCCACCUGAAGUGCGAGCCGCGCUCCUACCCGCCUGCUGACGACCUCACGGUGUGGGGCCGUCGCUUGCGCCAGGCGUAUGAUAUCUGGAGCGGAGCGGGCAUGUCCGUGCGAGGUGUGCGCACCUGUGGCGACUACAUGUUCUCCGGUCACACCGUCGCGCUUACACUCCUCAAUUUCUUCAUAACUGAAUAUACCUCCCGCAACUUGUAUCUGCUGCACAUCCUGACGUGGGUGAUGAACAUGUUCGGCAUCUUCUUCAUCCUGGCGGCUCACGAGCACUACUCCAUCGAUGUGUUCAUCGCGUUCUACAUCACCUCGCGUCUCUUCCUGUACUACCAUACGCUGUCUAACAACCAGGCUCUCAUGCAGAACGACUCUUCCAGUACGUAUUCCAGGACGAGGAUAUGGUUCCCACUGCUGUCGUUCUUCGAGUCGGAGGUGGACGGCAUCGUGCCGAACGAGUACGAGGGUCCCGUCACCAUCAUGAGCAACCUGCGGCAGUGGUGCGUGCAGCUCAUCACCGACGUGAAGGAGUCGUCGGUCGCCAAGAUCGCCGGCACCAAGCUGCAGGAGGGCGCCGCCAUGGGCGAGUACUCCGUCGUCAAGCUCGUCGACGGCAUUAAGCGCAACCUCAGCAUGGUCGAAGAGUACAAAACCUCCCGCCAAAGAUUAGACAAAAACAUUCAAGCCUGCUUACUAGACGAGCGCCCCGACGUAGAGCUGCGACAUAGAAACAUACCAGACUUCCCCGGAGAAUCUCUCCUAAAGGACUUCAGUAAUCCCCCUUCCCCAAUUAUGAAGAAGAGUAUAUGAAUGAACAUUAUGUUCUUAUAAUAGAGGCUGUUUAUAGAAUACUUCAUUGUAGCAUUUGACGCAAUGAAAUAAUUAGAUACCUGAAUGUUUACAUUUCCAUUAUAGAUUUUAUAUCAUGUUAUUCCAUAUUUAUUUUACUAUGAUAAGUUAAACGUAGAAUAAAUUAUUAAGAAAAUUUAUUUGCUCAAAGUACUAAUCUUGAAUAAAUAACAUUUUCGCUUAUA